AUUUUUUUCCGUCAUCUGUUCUGCCGAUUCUACUUCAUUAGUAAACUCAAUAUGUUCUGAGACUAAGUUAAUUUCUGUUAAAAAGUCUUCUUUUUCAGCUUUCUUUAUGACAAUAAAUGUGUCAUCUACGUAUCUGUACCAUAUUCUAGGAUGACAGCUAAGACUUGUCAAUGCUUUCAUUUCUAAGGCUUUCAUAUAUAAGUUUGCUACAAUUGGAGAUGCUGGUGAACCCAUUGCAACUCCAUUUGUUUAGUGCAUGUCAAAGAUAUAGUUCCCAAAAUGUCACAAAGUAAUUGUGUCUACAAGAUAAAGUGUUCAGAAUGUGAGGCAUGCUAUAUAGGGGAGAGCAGUAGGCAAGUGAAAGUCAGAGUGAAUGAACCUAGACUUUGCACGAAACGUCCACCUAGAAAUGAAGUAGAAUUAAAAAGUCUAGAAAAAAGAUCGGCUAUAGCAAUACAUGCGAUAGACAGCGGACAUAAGAUUGAUUUUGACAAUGUCGAAAUUCUUGGAAGAAGAUUUCAUUCACAUAAAGAAAGAUUGACUUCAGAAGCCUUGCACAUUUUAACCACAUUGAAUGCAGUGAAUAGGAAAGAAGGUAUAGCCUUAUCACCUAUAUGGCAAACUCUUAUGAAGCAAGACAAAUGAAAAAAACAACAAACACUCUAUGAGCCUCCAUGACCUUUAAAACAUGUAGUGACACGUUUAUCACAUAUGAAUUCACAUAUUUUCCAUAUGACAAAUAACAUACAUACACACACACGCAUACAAAUCUAAUCUUAACAAAUCAACUAUAGAAGAGUAAACACAACAACAAUUUGACAUUAACUUUCUAUAGUUUGGU